UGACCGGCCGGCGGAUUAUUGACAGCAGGAAGCUGGAGUGAGGGGACGGGAAAAACUGCAGCCAGAGCAAUGUUCCAGGAAGCUCCAAGGAGCCGGGCUGGGAAAGCGAGUGUGUCAGAGCAGCGGGCCGGGCGCUGGUAACGUGUGUGACAAGUCCAGGGACUGGUUGUAUACAAGGCUCCCUGUGUAACGUGUGACUGGUUAUAUCCUGGGCUCCCUGUGUAACGAGUAACACGCCGGGGGAGGGGGAAGAGGCUGGUUUAUACCCCCUGAGUAACGAGCCCAGGGCUGCCUGCAUUCAGAGCUGCGUGUAUAAAGUGUACCAAGCUGGUUAUAUGUAGGGCUGCGCGUGUAACGUUUAACAAGCCUAACAACUGGUUACAUUCGGAACCUUCUUGUGUAACAAACCCAGGGCUGGUUGCACUCACAGCCCUGUGUGUAACGUGUGGCAAACCCAGUUGGUCAUAUGCAGGGCUGCUUGUGUAACAUGCAGCGAGGCUGGUGACAUUUAGAGCCCUCUGUCUGUGUAACAAGCUCAGGGCUGGUUGAAUUCAGAAGCCAGUCUAAAGCGGUCGGCAAGGUGCAAAGGACAUUACACAACUCCAGUACCAAAGAGCCGGUGUGUCACACCCCCCUGGACUCUCCUUGUUGCCGGGACCAUGUCUGAUGAGGUGCUCUCGCUGCCACUCUGCGCCCGCUUGUCCUACGCGUUGGGGCACUUUCUCAAUGACUUGUGCGCGUCCAUGUGGUUCACCUACCUGCUGGUUUACUACCACACGGUGCUGGCUAUCAACAACUACAACGCGGGCAUCCUGCUGCUGAUCGGGCAGGUCGCCGACGGCUUCUGCACCCCUCUCAUCGGCUAUGAGUCCGACCGCACUCGGGGCUGCGGGAAGUACGGCAAGAGGAAGACGUGGCAUCUUAUUGGGAGCACAUGUGUCAUUCUGUCUUUUCCCUUCAUCUUUAACCCUCCGGUGGGCACUAGCGAAGGUGUCUCACAGUGGAUUGAACUUGUUUACUUCAUUCCUUUCAUCAUCAUUUUCCAGUUUGGCUGGGCUGCGGUGCAGAUCUCCCACCUGUCCCUGAUACCAGAGCUCGUCGCUAACAAGCACGAGCGGGUGGAGCUCACUGCUUUCAGGUAUGCUUUUACUGUUGUGGCCAACCUUGCGGUGUAUGCGAUCGUGUUGGUGCUGUUUCGCUUUCAAACUGAUGAUGUUGACAGCAACCUCGGCAGGCAGGACAUUCCAAUGUUCAGGACCCUGGCUUUGGUUGUUGUUGGAAUUGGCUUUGUGACUACGUUGCUGUUCCACAUUGGAACUCGGGAAAAGCUACGGAAUGAAGGGGAGCAGACCGCUGACGAGCAUACGGCCAUCAUUGACAGUUCCAGGAAAUGCCUCAGCCAGCCCCUGCUCAGCUGGAAACAUUGGCUGAAGGAGUUUUCUUUCUACCACUUGGCCUUAUUGUACAUGUGCACUCGGCUAAUAAUCAACCUCUCGCAGGUCUACAUUGCGAUGUACCUGACCUAUACUCUACAGCUGCCAAAGAACUACAUUGCCAUGAUCCCUCUGGUGAUGUAUAUCAGUGGAUUUCUCUCCUCUUUCCUCAUGAAGCCUGUGAAUAAAUGCAUUGGGAGGAAUAUGACCUACUUCCUUGGGAUUGUGAUGAUCCUGGUCUUCGCUUACUGGAUCUGGUUUUUUCAGAUGGACAACAGCAUAUUCGGGGCAGCGGUCCUUCUCGGCAGCGGCUCCGCUACCAUUUUGGUGACCUCACUCUCCAUGACUGCCGACCUCAUAGGAGAAAACACUCAAAGUGGAGCCUUUGUAUACGGAUCCAUGAGCUUCACCGACAAAGUAGCCAACGGGCUUGGUGUGGUCAUUAUUCAGGGGCUCCAUCCCUGCAAGACCCAGACCUGCUGUGCACUAUGUGGUCCAUUCUACCACCUGGUGAUGGUGUUGGUCACUGGCUGCAUAGCCUGUGUUGCUCUACUUUUGUUAGGAGCUACUCGAAUAUGGCCAAUCCAGAUUAGGAUUCGUUACGAUUCUGGAUUGAUAGGACCCUCCACAAAUGAGAAGAACGCACAGUCUGGUGACUAUAGAACAAUUAACUGACGGACUGACCUUGCUUCUGUACAUGGGAGAUGUGCAGAGAAAGGGAAACCAGACAAGAUGCACCUUAAUAUUCUGAAAUUCCUGCUUUUGGGCCAGUGAUUCUUCAGCUUUGGAGCUGGUUUUGAAUCUACCUCCGAGUCUUCUGUCGAAUGAUACACUGUCCAUUAGUCCAAGUGUGUUGAUGACUGCUUUGGAUGUGGGAAACAUUUUGAAUACUUGAAUUGUCUUUUUAUUUGUGAUCCUUUUUUCUUGGUAAAUGACAUUGUUGCGUAAUUUGAGGCAGUAAUAAUGGUUGGAAUGACCCGUGGCACAUUUUAAUGCCUUUUGCACUUUCUGACCCGUGACUUGAAGGUGGAUCAUUCACUGGUUGGGAAAUAGUUUGGAUUAACCCUUGUCCUGUAAAUCACCACACUUCGUGAGAAUGGAGCUGGGUAUGCAGGCAUUUGCAAUUUACUUUGCAGAUAUGCCAUUGAAACAUGUUAUUUCUUUGGAAAAUUUAAAUAUUACUCUGGUGGACCACAAAUUCACAGCUCACAAAUGCUAAACUGGGGAUUAAACUGAACAUUAAAAAUAUUUUUGGAAGAAUAUUUGCUGAGAUAGUGUGAAAUGCCUGCUAUAGAAAAUUGAGGGGGGGGGGGGGAAACUGCAGAUAAAACACUAUAUAUUUUGUUGGCCUCUAUCUUCUUUCUGUUGCAUACAUAACGAAUGUCACUUUUUAAUGUUUGUUUAUGUAGUCUUCCUUCAUGGGUGAGUACAUCUGUACUAUAUUUCGUGGCCAAAAACACAUUUUGUAACUUGUUUUAUACAAUAUGAUUAACAUGGAUUUGUGAUGACUUUAUUUACGUCUAUGAACUCUAAUAAAUGAAAAGAUUUGCAUUAACCUCA